AUGGUGAUGGAGGUGGUAACCGGUGUCAUGGGAAGACUACUUCCCAAGCUGGUCGAGCUGGUCGCGGGUGAGUACAAGCUACAGAAGGGCGUCAAGGAAGACGUUGAGUCCCUUAAGAAAGAGAUGGAGAGCAUGCACACUGCCCUUACAGAGGUGGCGGAGGUGCCAAGGGACAGCCUUAAUCGGCAGGUCAAGAUCUGGGCAGAUGAACUGAGGGAGCUGUCGUACGACAUGGAGGAUGUCGUUGACAACUUUCUGCUGUACGUCGAGGGAUCUGAUCCAGCAGCCAACUCGAACAAGCUCAAAUGCCUAAUGGAGAUGAUGACCGGCUAUUUCACCAAAGCCAGCGGCCGCCAUCAGAUCGCCAAUGACAUUAAGGCUCUCAAGAAACUUGCCGAAGAGGUGGCUGCCCGGCGUGCCAGAUGCCAAGUCGGCGGUGUUGUUGUCAAUCCAGCUAACAAAUCCAAGGUUGACCCUCGUAUGCUGGCUUUGUACAAGGAUCAGCAAGAGCUCGUUGGCAUUGAAGCCGCUCGGAUUGAGCUAACCAAGAGGCUGGCACUUGGUGAUGGGAAUGUGUCAAAUCAGCAGCUCAAGAUAGUCUCUAUUGUCGGACCUGGAGGACUCGGCAAGACAACUCUUGCCAGGGCAGUGUACGACAGUCUUCAAACGCAAUAUGUUCACAAAGCUUUUGUUCCGGUGGGUCGAAAUCCUGAAGUGAGCAAAGUUCUCAAGGACAUCCUCUUGGAACUGCGCGUGCGUACCAGCGAUGUAGCCACACUGGAUGAAAGACAACUUGUCGAAAAACUCCGAGAACAACUUCAGAAUGUCAGGUUCGAAGGGUGUCCACCUCAAUCAUGGCGAGUAAUCAAAUGUGCUUUGUUUGAUAACAAUCAUGGAAGUCGAGUAAUCACAACUACUCGCAAUCAGGAAGUCGCAGAAAACACCGGUGAUGUCUACAAGCUAAAACCACUUUCUCAUGAUUUGUCUGAAGAACUAUUCAAUAAAAGAUUAUUUGGUGGUAAAGAAAAUUGGCAGACUUCCGAGGUAUCAAAAAAAUUUCUACAGAAAUGUGGUGGUGUGCCGCUCGCUAUCAUUGCAAUAGCUAGUUUCCUGGUUGGUAAACCUGUGGAGGGUUGGUCAACGGUAUACAACUCUAUUGGUUUCAGACAUACAGAUAACACACAUAUUGAUAACAUGAGAAAGAUAUUAUUAUUUAGCUAUGAUGAUCUACCUUGUUAUCUAAGGCCUUGUGUAUUGCAUCUGAGCAUAUUUCCAGAGGACGCUUUCAUCAUGAAAGAGACAUUGAUAUGGAUGUGGGUAGCCGAAGGCUUUGUCAGUGAAGAGCCAGGGAAACGGUUAUUUGAGAUUGGAGAAGGAUACUUUGGUGAACUUGUAAAUAGAAGCCUGAUCCUUCCUGUAGAGCACAAAGAAGAGAAUGUCAUAUAUGGUUGCCGUGUUCACGAUAUGGUACUUGAUACAAUUUGUUGGUUGUCAGAGAAAGAAAAUUUUGUUACCAUAGUGGAUAAUAAUGGGAAAUACUCAACUUCAGAAAGCAAUAAUGUUCGUAGGUUAGCUGUCCAAACAAGAGAUGAAGAGCAGCACAACCAUUUUGCCAACACAAGCAUGCCAAAAUUGAGGUCAUGUUAUGCCAGCAGGUGUCAUAAAAGUAUGAUGCCACCACUUUCAAGCUUUCAAGUGCUGCAUGUUCUAGACUUGGAAAACUGCGUAUUUCUGGAAAACUGUCAUCUUAAGCAUCUUGGAAGGUUACAUCUGUUGAGAUACUUGAGUCUGGAGAACACAAGUAUUAGUGAGCUCCCAAAAGAUAUAGGAGAAUUAAAGUUUCUGCAGACACUAGACUUGAGGAACUCCGAGAUAAAAGAAUUGCCACAGGGCAAUAGUUUGCUAAGGAAGCUGAAGCGCCUGCGAGUUGACAGGGACCGCCGGAGCGCUGGUACCAGGGAAGAUGUAGGUAUAAAAGUGCCGAAAUGGAUAGGGAACCUGACAUCCCUGGAAGAGUUAUAUUUGAGUAUAACUGGUGAAUUUUCUACCUUCGUUGAAGAACUCGGUAAGCUGAAAGAGCUGAGGGUGCUGGUCUGUCAUUUAAUGGGAGAUUUGAAUGAGAAGAAAACUUUGGCGGAUUCAUUAAGCGAGCUUGGGAAACUCCAAAUCUUACAUCUUGAGGGCCUGUAUGGGUGGUCGAAAUCGGAGGCAGACACCUACUGGAAAGACUAUAAGCCCCCUCAGCAGCUAGGUGAUCUGUCCAUAUCGACCAGGUUCAGUAGGCUCCCGCCGUGGAUUAAGUCCUCUCUGCUUCCGAACCUCUCCAAACUAAAAAUUGAUGUAUAUCCUAUGAAGAAGCAGGAUGUGAUAAACCUUGGGGGGUUGCCAGAGCUUGUUAAAUUGGAUGAUCUGUGGAUACCGGCAGGCAUGGAGUUUGCUGAUGGUGUGUUCCCCAAGUUGAGGAGCUGCGGGAUAAAUGCACCUUUCUGGUUUCUGCCGGGAAGUAUGAAGAACCUUGAAUCCAUUACGGUGGGCACAAUGCGGAACUUGACGGAGAAGGAUGCCGUCACUGAUUUUGACUUUACUUGUACCCUGAGGAACCUCCCUUUGCUUGUGGUGGUCUUCGCUAAUGUGGAGAAGAUGGAGGCAGCGUUGAGCGGAGCAAUCCACAACCAUCCCAACCGAAAAGAACCAGCCUCCCCUCUGCAUCGUGCUGCCAGUGUUGGUACGUCUACUCAGAUAAUCGUGGAAGACGAGGAGGACGAAGGAUCGAGCUCCCAACAGAUAGCACACGAGGAGGAGGAAGAAGAAGAAUCUCAGGCAGAUCAACAGGAACAGCUGGCAGAGGAACACAAAGAAGCCGAGGUCGGGUCAGCAGAGACGACUCCACCAGAGACCCAGAACACAGUCGACGUCGCUAGACUUGCAGAAAGCGGUGAGGCCUCCACCGGUAUGCCUGCUCCUGUGCCGGCUCGACGGAGGAGGAGGCCUUGGGCGUGCUUCGGUUGCCUCAAGUCCGCCGGCAGUUCUUCUCACUAG